AUGAAAAAUGAGUUAUAGGCUUUAUACGAUUAAGGAUAAAGUAAAAAGACAGAUCCUACUAAUAUUGGAAUCUUCAUCCCGAAUUUCCUAAACAAGUUGAUAGCAUUAAAAAAAAUGAUUGGGAGUGCCUAUGAAUAAGGACGUUUCAUUGCUUAAGAGGAGGAUCUAUUUGGAAAUAAAACGGAAUUCGAUGAUGAUUUCCUAAGAGCUUUAACACUAAAUUAAUGGAAUCAGUUUUUAGCUGUAAAUAUAGAAGUCACCUUACUCUAACCUGAUUAGCAAAUGUUAUCAUUUAGCAAAAGAAUAGAUAUAAUUCAAAAUUUUCUACUCUCCUUCGUCAAUUCAAAAUCAAAUGGAUUGGCUUUUUACUCUUAUUUAGAUUAAAUUUAUGUGAAAUACAAUAUAUAUUUACCAAAUGCGAUUACAUUAAAAAUGAUGAACCAUAGUGAAACAAAUCACUUGAUUUAAAUUAUUGAUGAACGUUAUAGAUUAAUGGAGUUGCAGAUAAUGUCUUAUAAAGAUUAAUUGCUUUCUGCUCUUGCUUUAGAUCAAUAGGAAAUCUAAGAAUAUUUUCCAUAACAGCUUGAUUUAUAUUACAACUACAAAAACGAUAAUAUUUAGAUUCCUAUUGAUUAAAGUUUAAAAUACGAAAGCUUAAUAGCAAGAGAAUGUGAAAUAUUUUAAGAUCAAAUAUAGAUUGAUGGUGGAGAACAAAGGAGUAUUAAUACUUUAUCAGAAACGGAUCAAGAAAUAGCUAAAAAUGGCAAUAAUAAUUCACAAAUUCUUCAAAACUUAAAUUACAGAGUAAAAGUGUAUACUGUUGAAGCUAGAGUUGGUUUACUUAAUUAAGGACAUUUUAGAAACUAUUAGGAAAUACUUGGUGGGGAAUUAUUUCAGGAGUUUGAGAGACAACCUAUUACUUAGUAGAUUUAAAGAAAAUUAGAAUUCGAAGACUCUAUUCACAUCCCCUAAGCUGAUCCUAGAUAUAAAAAUGUUUUAUAAGAGUAAUUGCCUGAUGUAAGCAUAUCAAUACUUAGGAGAUUAUUAAUAUUAAAAGAAGCUUUGCUUAUUAUUAUUGAAAAUCAAAGACAACUUGCAAACCUUAAAUUUAAAGGCAAGUUGUCUGUUUUGGUGAAGAUCAGAUUUUGCAAUGUUUUAGGGACCAGACCAAUUUUUAUUAUGCGGAAGAUAAAAAAAGAAAAGAAAUAAAUAGAUGACAAAAAUCAUAUACACAAUUACAAGAUCAUAAAAAGUUUGAUAUAUGUUCUGUUUUUUAAAGAUAGGUAUGAUGAUGAAAUAAGGCCUAUUCAUCAUUUAUGUUGUGAAUUUCUGCAUAGUUUUUGUUAAGGUGAACCUGACAAUUCGCAGGAUUCUGAUUAAGAAACUGAAGAUUCUCGUUAUAUAUUAAAAAAUCUUCCAGAUAUUGAUAAAUAUUUAGUUAAAUUAGAAAAACUAAUUCUUUUAAUAAACAAAAUAUAUUGUGUACCUUUUUGA